AAGUGACUGUUAAGGCAAAGGCGGCUUGCCAUUGGCUAUCUAGUUUAAAUUGUAAGGUGCAUCUGUGGGCUGUCAGACUUUGAACUGUCACACGGGGAGGAGUGGGAGGGAAACCACGGUUGAGACGCACCAAGCCAAGUCUGCAGGGCACAGGAAUGGGGGUCAAUCAAAAACACUGAUCCGCUUCAGGUUUUCCAGGUCACCGGUGAUCCCGCACCAGGAGGAGCAGUGUUUGAAUAAGGCACCAUCCAUGCUCGAGGUUGUGGUGCUGCUGGUGGUUGCCGCUUUGACCACACUCACCAGGGAAGUCUGGUGGGAUACUCCUCACAAGUGAGAUCAAAAAGCCAGUGGCCCCCCUCGCUGACUUGUGCGACAUACAGUGGUGUUGCACACACUUUGGAUGGAUACCUGAAGAAGGAGUACACUUUUGAGGAUGCCAGGACUUCACGAGAGAGCUGUCAAGAGCUGAAAAAAGGUUGUUCUACAUCCUUCUCUCGUCAUGAGCGCUUGGGUGGUGAACAGGAAGGGGGAACCGCAGUACCGCCGCCACUUUCUGACCAGCAACAGCGUCUCUCAAGUGGAGCGAUGCAUGAGUGUGAUGCAGUCUGGGACGCAAAUGGUGAAGCUGAAGGCAGGAUCCAAAGGGCUUGUGAGGCUCUUUUACCUGGAUGAGCAUCGCUCCUGCAUCCGCUGGAAGCCGUCACGCAAGAGCGAGAAGGCCAAGAUCACCAUCGACUCGCUGUACAAAGUGACGGAAGGCGGCCAGUCGGACAGCUUCCAUCGGCAUCCCGAGGGCAGCUUGGACCCGGCGUGCUGCUUCACGGUCUACCAUGGCAACCACAUGGAGUCCCUGGACCUGGUCACGUCCAACUCAGACGAAGCCCGGACCUGGGUUACAGGUCUUCGCUACCUGAUGGCCGGCAUCAGCGACGAGGACUCUCUGGCCAAGCGGCAGCGCACCCACGACCAGUGGAUGAAGCAGACAUUUGAGGAAGCCGAUAAAAAUGGCGACGGCCUACUGAACAUCGAUGAGAUCUACCAGCUCCUCCACAAGCUCAACGUCAAUCUCCCACGGAGGAAGGUCAAGCAAAUGUUCCAGGAAGCAGACACGGACGAUCAGCAGGGCACUCUGACGUACGACGAGUUCGCCGUCUUCUACAAGAUGAUGUCCAUCCGGCGGGACCUCUUCCUGCUCAUGAUGGCCUACAGCGACAGGAAGGACCACCUGACGGCCGACGAGCUGGCCAACCUGUUGCGCUGCGAGCAGAAGAUGUUCAACGUUACUCCGGAAUACGUCGCCGAAAUCAUUGACAAGUUUGAGGUGUCUGAUGAUAACAAACAAAAAGGGCUCAUGGGGAUUGAAGGUUUUACAAGCUUCAUGCGCAGUCCAACGUGCGACAUAUUCAACCCGCUGCACAACGACGUGAACCAGGACAUGGAUCAGCCUCUGUGCAACUACUUCAUCGCCUCCUCUCACAACACGUAUUUGACAGGAGACCAGCUCCUGUCGCACUCCAAGACUGACAUGUAUGCUUGGGUUCUGCAGUCCGGCUGCCGCUGCGUGGAAGUGGACUGUUGGGACGGUCCAGAUGGCGAGCCCAUGGUCCAGCACGGCUACACGCUGACCUCCAAGAUCACCUUCAAGUCCGUCAUCGAGGCCAUCAACAAAUACGCCUUCAUCAAUAACCAGUACCCGGUGGUUCUGUCCAUCGAAAACCACUGCAGCAUCCAGCAGCAGAAGAAGAUCGCCCAGUAUCUGAGGGAAGUGUUUGCCGAUAAGCUGGACGUCGGCCACGUGCUCAGCAGAGAGUCCACGACGCUGCCCAGCCCUCAGAGCCUGCGGGGCAAGAUUCUCAUCAAAGGCAAGCGUCUCCCUGCAUAUCUGUCCGCCGAUGCCGAGGAAGGCGAAGUGUCCGACGACGACAGCGCCGACGAAAUUGAGGACGACUUCAAGCUCAAGAACAGCAAUGGGAACGGUCACCAUCACCAAGUUGAGUCUCACAUCAGGAAGAAGCUGGACUCUCUCCUGAAGGAGUCUCGUAUCGGCGACAAGGAAGACACCGACAGCUUCAGCAUCAGAGCAUUGCUGAGGGCCACCCAUCAGGGCCUUCAGAAGAACCUCCGGCAGAGCUCCAGGGGUGUUCUGAAGAAAUCCCAAAGCCGAUCCUUCAUCGCCACGCUCAAACAGAAGAGGCACUCCAAGUCGCGACUGACGUGCCAAAGUGUGGAAAAGGAGGAGGAUGAGCAGGAGACGUCCACGCGGGAUGCCGGAGGACAGUUUAACAGGGGAGGAAGAAAGAGGAAGACGAUGAAGCUGAGCCGAGAUCUGUCAAACUUGGUGGUGUUCACCAACUCUGUGGCCUCACAGGAAUGUCUCAAUGAAGGUACGCCCGGUGACGUCCUGUCAUUCAGCGAGACGCGAGCCCAGUCGCUGGUCAAUCACCGAGCCGAACACUUCCUGGCUUUCAAUCAGAGGCAACUGUCGCGGAUUUAUCCCUCGGCGUACCGGAUCGACUCGUCCAAUUUCAAUCCCCAGUUCUACUGGAAUGUCGGCUGUCAGUUGGUGGCGCUCAACUACCAGACGGAAGGCCGAAUGAUGCAGCUCAACAGGGCAAAGUUCAUGGUGAACGGAGGCAGCGGAUACGUACUCAAGCCCCCGCCCAUGUGUAAAGGCACCUUCAAUCCAUUUAGUGACGACCCACUUCCCGCGUGCCCCAAGAAGCAGCUCGUUCUUAAGGUCAUUAGUGGACAGCAUUUGCCCAAACCGCCGGAUUCCAUGCUGGGGGACCGUGGAGAGAUUAUUGAUCCAUUCGUGGAAGUGGAGAUUAUCGGUCUACCCGUUGACUGCUGCAAGGAGCAAACACGUGUAGUUGAUGACAAUGGUUUCAACCCAGUUUGGGAGGAGACGCUGUCCUUCACGCUGCACAUGGCCGAAGUGGCUCUAGUGCGCUUCCUGGUGUGGGAUCACGACCCGAUCGGACGAGACUUCAUCGGCCAACGGACGGUGGCCUUCAGCAGCCUCAUGCCCGGUUACAGACAUGUCUACCUGGAAGGCCUGACCGAAGCGUCCAUCUUUGUGCACGUGUCGGUGCAUGAUGUCUACGGAAAAGGAAAUCAGCUCCGAGGUAUCCGGGGUUUGUUCAACCGCUCUUCCAAGUCUUCCGUGGAUACGACCUCGGCGGGCCUCCGAAAGCGCUCCAUCAGCGACCACCUGCUGCGCCGCACGGCCAGCGCCCCGGCGAAGGGCCGCAAGAAGACCAAGAUGGCGCUGUCCGAGUCGGCGGCCUCCGUGUCGGAGCACAAGAAUGGUGGGGGUGUCGAGACCGUCGGGGAGGGUGUGUCCGGGACGGAGGCAGGGGCGGAAAAGCGAACCCAAGCCCGGCCGACCCUCGCCCACAGACCCGUCUCUAUGCCUUUAGACAGGCUUCUGCAGGGACAGCUAACCCUGUGCUCCGCAGACAAGGAGCAUGACUUGGGUGCCAAUGCGGUCAUUGGAACUUACCCGUUUGACAGACCCAGGUCUUCCUCUGUGGAUCUUCACACUAAAUCAUCAGCUUCCAUUCAAGAAAAUAUCCAAUCCCCAUCUAAGAUGAACCAUCUCUGGAAAAAGGAUCUCAACAAGCCGCAGGAGGCCUCUUAUCUUGUUGUCGGUGAUAACAUUAGAAAUGAGGACGACUAUGUCAAUUAUCAAGCAGCUUACCAGCGAGUCACCCAAUCUAAGAUCCGCUCUGCACUUUCCACCAACAACCGGUGCCGAUUAAAUAAACCUGAAAUUUCUUCGACCACCACGUCUUUCACAGUCUCAUCUUCCGUGUGCUCAUCCUCGUCUUUAUCUGCUCAUUCGUCUGUCGCUCCUCUUUCCCCCGUCAACAUGGACCGUGAUGUGAAGAGUCCCAGCUCGCUCCAUGACAGCACCAUCUCCAGACUCAUUGACGCCAUGUCCUUAGGCCAGGACCAAGACACUCAAGGCUCCAUAUCAGCUCUCAUUGGUCAAUUUGAAUCCACUGCUGACCAAAAUGAGUUUAAUUCCUCUCGUGAUCGGGCUCUUUCUCCUCUUAGAGAACAUCAAGAUGUCAGGUCCACUCCAACAAUGUCAGCUCAUCAGAAAGAUCCUCAAAUUACCACUCCAGGAACAAACCUUUCACCAUCCACGAUUCCCCAGACAAAUCCUGCCCUCUUCUCCAGUCCAGAAACCGCUGACCUCGAGGAGGUCUACACCAUUCUAGAUGAGGAGAUGCUGUCGCCUCCUGUUUCAGUGUACAACCAAUCAAUCCAUGUUCAGACAAAUACACUGCACAGCAUAACAUCAAGUAUCUUGGCUUCUUCUCCGUUAAACGUGACUCAAUGUUUACGAAGCCAGGGCAAUGUGUGUUGGGAAAAUAUUCCCACAAAUGGAGGCAGGAUUGACGAUCCAGAGGAGGUAGAGGAGAGUGUGUACGAGGAAGUGUUUGAUCCACCAGCACCUGGAACAGAACAACAGAUCAAAGAUCGAAGAUAUACACUUUCACCAGCGAAUAAGUCUUUCCAGUCAUCCCAUGACCAUGUCUGUAAUGGUUUUGCAGAGGUGGAGGUGAAUGUCGAUGAGGAUCCGACAGAGAAGAGGUUAACCACACCAAGACAUUCAUGGAAGACCCUGAGUAGUCUAACGAAACACAACGCCAUUUAUCAAAAUGAGUCCUCUCCCAAAUACUCCCAACACAGACACCCUCUGUCUUAUUGUGGGUCUCAACAGUGCACAACAAUUUCACCGUGUCCUUCCCCGCAUCAUAAACCUUCAUAUCACGGAUUGAAUCAACAAUCCAGCAUCCAGCCCUCUCAAACACACCGACCCACAGACUCUAAGAUUUCCCGACCAAGACCUCUAAGCCAUAAUGGCUACCCAAGUCCUCAAAGCAAUCCUUUUCAUUAUAAUAGAGACUUUGCGCUAGAGAGAGGCUUCAACAGCAGCCUGACCCCAAACUGUUUUCACCAAGGAAGACAAGUCAGCCAGGCACCCAGCGGUUUUCAUCAAGUAAGACAUGGAUUUAGAGUCAGAGAGGAUGAAAUAUCCUUGCAAAAUGGGUUCUCAUCUUCAGAAAAUCUCCCAACUCACGCUGUGCAUUCACCAAAUAGCUGUAAGGGUAGAGGCCUUUAUUCUCCUUCUUCUGAUUUUGACGCAGUGUACAACCAUGUCAACUAUGAUGGCAUUAUAUCCUUAUCAAAGGCUGCACCCCCUUCAGUAUCACAACCAUGCUAUCUAAGUCAAGACCACGUUUCAACUCCAAAGAAUUCAUGGAACCAAAAGGUAACUUUGUCACAGGUACAAUCCAACAACAAAGCUCCAAAGAUUUCAACUUUGCGGUCUUUAUCAACCGGUCCCCAGUCGAAUUCUGUGGAUUUGACCGUCAACACUCCGUGUAAGUCCAAGUCUCUGGGAGAUUUGACGUCUGAAGACAUAUCAUCGAACUUUCAAAGUAAAUACCACAUCAUUAGUCGCAGUUUCAUCACUCCACAAAUGAAGAAACAAAAGAGGAUGGGAACCACGGGGGGAGGAACUUUCCAGUCCCAAUCUCAUGACCCGCUGACGGAACAAUUGCGCAAACUGGUCAAUCUGGAGGUUGAGGAUAGCGAAAGAGAACUCUCCAAGUCUCCUCACUAUGAUCAGGGAGUGAAAACCUCACAGACACCCAGCAGUGAACCCUCUACUUCCCUGGAUAUCGACGACUCCCCUAUACCGCUCACCCGUCGCUUAUCCUCCCGUAGCCAAAGCCGAGUGCGCCAUAUCAACAGCCGCGCCCGCGAAAGACAACAAGACUCCCUGAAACCACGCUCAGUUGGCACGGUCAAUGGCACCACCACCAUAGGCGGCGUGGUUUUGAGGAAUAAACCAGCCUCACAGAAUUCACCUGUGAACAGACACUCUACUGGCUCUUAUAUUGCAGGCUACUUAGGCCGGCUGGAAGACAGGGGACUUCCUGAGGGAGCUUGUACAUCAUCACAGUAUGGAAACAGCGAUCAACAUGCAGAUCACUACUGUACCGAUGAUUCGCUUCCUCCUUCAAAUUCAUCCCACUUUUCAUCAGAGCCAGAGGUCUACUUCCUACUCAGACUCUAGCUUUCACAAUAAAAUGAGAGAAAGGCCAGAGUGUGACUAUACUGGUUGAUCAAGGAAUUCUAAACUUUGUUUUCUGUGCAGACCAGAAGGUUUUCCCUGAAGCUGGACAUACACUGUACCAUUUUGUUCGUGUUGUGUUGACAUUCCAACUCACAGGUGUCAGAAAAAGACAAAGCUAGCAAAUGAUGCGUUAACACUGGAUUGGGAGCUACCACUUUGCUGCUGUUCCACUGAAGUCCCGUAGGUGUCGUGAUCACAGAGAUGGAAAAGGGCUCAAGAGUUUGGAAAAGACAGUCAUAACUCACCUUCAAUUGUGCAAAAACACUGUCGCAGCCGGACAUAUGCAUUAUUUGAUUGUCGCGCAACCAUUUAGUGUCUCUCAAUCGGUCCUUGUUUUUCCGUGUACACGGUAUGUGGAAUAAAAAGGCUUUAAAUCAGCCUCGACUGUAAAAGUGAGCCAAUGGAAGCUCACUUUUGCAAAGCCAUACAUCGGAAACAUGGAAUGGGCAAUCACGACGGAGAACAGAGAUCCGACAUUUUCUUGUUCCAAAGAAGUUCAGUGAUAGAGUUUAUGACUUAAGUUACAAGUCAGUCAUUAUAAAUUAUAAUUUGGCUCCUUUAUAAGAUAAAUAUGUUUAACAAUGUGAGAGAGAGUGAGGGAAUGCCAUUAAAAUCUACAGUCACGCUUUAAUCUUCUUAUCACUACGAAGUCAUGCGACAAAUUUGAGGGUUUGUUACUAUUUACACGAGAAAGCAUAGAGAGCUACGCUAACAAGAUUAUCUCCGGGAUCCUAAUUGAAAUGUUUGCACGGGACUUUUGCCUUUAAAAGGAUUGCUAUAGUAAAUAGACAGAUGGGCAGUUUAAAUGAUCGGAGAUGUUGUUGUACAAAGUCUCAAUGCGCUAGGAUGCUCUUGUGUUCAUAAGAUUAAAUCCCAAGGCAUUCGAUGAUCAUUUUAUGACCACUUUUGGAUUAUGGUUAAAUUAUGUAAACGUGGUUGAAGGUGUUUUUUUUUUAAAGUUCUAUUUCCAAAACUAAAUCAGGUAAAGCAAUAUGGCUGACUACUUCGUCAUAGUCCCUCUAAAAUAAGCAGGUGCUCAUUUGCUCUGAGGUAAGCAAUAUUCUUGUAUUACUUGUAGGCAUGUUAAUUAUAUCUGUGGCGGCAGGAAGCUUCACCAGCUAUGCUAACAAGGUUAGCUACGGACUCCUAGUUGCAACAUUUCUUUAGGCCUAUUUUUAGCUUUUCAAAUUAUUUUAAAUACAAAAAAAAAAAAAAAAACUUGGACGCUUUAGAGGAAAUUGUUUUGGAGUGUUUUUUCCCCAUUUUGUUUAUAGUUGAUCUUUAUUCUGUCAGUUUUAAGUUACCUUCCGUAUUGAUUUGUUUUGCACAACUUGUCGUCAAAUCUGCAAACGACCGAUAAAUGCAGGCUCCGUUAAAACCUCUGCGAUUGUCUGCAGAGUCCGUUGAAUCUGGUCAAAUGAUAAAAAGGUAAGCAAUAUACUUAUAAUAUUCGUACAACAAUGAAUUGCAUUAUUUACUUGCAUCAUUUUUAUGUGGCGAAUGUCACCAUAGAAGGAAAAGGUGAAUUUGCACAGUGUAUGUCCAGCUUUACAGUCAAAAUGACACAACAUUGUGACCGCAUGAAAUUCACGUUUGAACUGUCAACAGUUGUACUAAUUAAAGUCUGGCGGUGUAUUGUCGAAAUUCUGCUUGAUAUCCAAAUAAGACAGAUGUGUUUUCAUUGUUGUUGUGAUGUCAAAACUGUGACUCUGAAGCAAAAAAAAAAAAAAGCUUGGAUUAUGAAGCAGAAUGUGUGUGUGUUUUUUUUGUAUUACUGGAAUGUUUCAUUUUUAAAUAACAAGCGAAGGUCGUCACCAUGAAAGUCUUCUCAUUCACCCGAGUAUUUUCUUUUAAGUGUAAAUAAGUCCGCUGUCGUCUUGGAUGGUGUUUUUCUUCUGGCUGUACACUGAACGUGUUUGUGUGCAUGUUACCCACGUGAACAUGUCGAGCAUGACUAUGCACUCGUUUACACAGAAGUUGUUGCAGCUCUGGACAACUUUUGCACAGAAUGAACAGUUGCACUUGAAGAUGAAGGCUCACCCCGGGUGCCAUCUAAGCGUGUCAACUUCUUUGCUUCUGGACUUGUUGCCGUCUGUAGUCAGCAAACAAACAAACAAACAAAAAAUGAUUUGGAUCUUUCAAAGCUUUUAUUUUUUUAAUUGCUUUGAUACAGAAUACAAACUCUUGUCUAUUCUGGUGAUUUUUAUUUUGUACAAAUUGUAACAGAAUGCAAAUAAGUGUAUAGUGGUGAGGCUGGGGAAGGGAGCGUAGCAGGGUUGUAAGUGUAUUAUUUUUUAUUGUUUCCAGAGUAGACCGUCUCUUUUCUUUGUAUUGUUGCUCAUUUGACAACUGUGAGCAUUUUCCUACCAAUGCAAUAAAAAUAAUGAAGUAUUUGA